AACUCCCAUCACCGCACUCACAACAAAGGUAAAGAAACACCAAACUUACUUUGCAAUCCGGCGGGAAAAUUCGAACUUCAAGAGGGAAAAACACAAACCCCCAAAAUUUCCAACAAAAAAAAAACCCCUAAUUUUUCGAAUUCCCCUCGCUUUGUUACCCAUAUAUAAACCGUUUCUGGUUCUUCACUCAUUUAUCGCCUUGUGCGCGCAAACUGUUCGACGAAAUUCCCCAACCGAGAAAGCGCGAGAAAAAGGAGCGAGAGAGUGAGAUCGAGAUAAUCAUGUAUGUGGUGAAGAGAGACGGGCGUCAGGAGACGGUGCAUUUCGACAAGAUCACGGCCAGGUUGAAGAAGCUCAGCUAUGGCCUUAGCAUCGAGCACUGCGAUCCGGUUCUGGUCUCGCAGAAGGUCUGCGCCGGCGUCUACAAGGGUGUCACCACCAGCCUACUUGAUGAACUCGCCGCCGAGACCGCCGCCGCCAUGACCGCCAAUCAUCCUGACUAUGCUUCGUUGGCUGCAAGGAUAGUUGUCUCAAAUCUGCACAAGAACACCAAGAAAUCAUUUUCAGAGACGAUCAAAAUCAUGUAUUUCCAUGUCAAUGAGAGAUCUGGGCUGAAGGCUCCUCUAAUAGCUGACGAUGUCUAUGAAAUCAUCAUGAAUAAUGCAGCUCGACUCGAUAGUGAGAUAAUCUAUGAUCGGGACUUUGACUAUGAUUACUUUGGCUUCAAAACCCUUGAGAGGUCAUACCUCUUGAAGGUGCAAGGGAAGGUUAUUGAAAGGCCUCAACAUAUGUUGAUGAGGGUUUCUGUUGGAAUUCACAAGGAGGACAUUGAAUCUGCUAUCAAGACAUAUCACAUGAUGUCUCAGCGGUGGUUUACUCACGCCUCCCCCACCCUUUUCAAUUCGGGAACACCAAGGCCUCAGUUGAGUAGCUGCUUCCUGUUGUGCAUGAAAGAUGAUAGCAUUGAAGGCAUAUAUGACACCUUGAAGGAGUGUGCUGUUAUCAGCAAAUCAGCUGGAGGAAUUGGUGUCUCGGUUCACAAUAUUCGUGCCACAGGGAGUUAUAUUCGGGGAACAAAUGGGACAUCUAAUGGAAUUGUUCCAAUGCUACGGGUUUUCAAUGACACCGCUCGUUAUGUUGAUCAGGGGGGAGGGAAGAGGAAAGGUGCUUUUGCUGUGUACUUGGAGCCAUGGCAUGCUGAUAUUUUUGAAUUCCUUGAUUUGAGGAAAAACCAUGGAAAGGAGGAGCAUCGUGCUCGUGAUCUGUUUUACGCUCUUUGGGUGCCUGAUUUGUUUAUGGAACGAGUCCAAAGUAAUGGACAGUGGUCAAUGUUUUGCCCUAAUGAGGCACCAGGUUUGGCAGAUUGCUGGGGUGAAGAAUUUGAAAAGCUUUACACUGAAUAUGAAAAAGAGGGAAAGGCCAAGAAGGUUGUCCCUGCACAGAAUCUAUGGUUUGAGAUUCUAAAAUCUCAGAUUGAAACUGGAACUCCCUAUAUGCUUUUUAAGGACACUUGCAAUGGGAAAAGUAACCAACAGAAUCUGGGUACCAUCAAAUCUUCAAACUUGUGUACUGAGAUAAUUGAAUACACAAGUCCAACAGAAACUGCUGUAUGCAAUCUGGCUUCUAUUGCCUUACCAAGAUUUGUCAGAGAGAAGGGAGUUCCAAUAGAAUCACAUCCUUCUAAGGUUGUUGGAAGCAGAGGUUCUAAGAAUAGAUACUUUGACUUUGAUAAAUUAGCAGAGAUUACUGCAAUAGUCACUUCAAAUCUGAACAAGAUCAUAGAUGUUAAUUACUAUCCCGUUGAAACUGCAAGAAGGUCUAAUUUACGACAUAGGCCCAUUGGAAUUGGAGUUCAGGGUCUUGCUGAUACUUUCAUUUUGCUUGGCAUGGCAUUUGAUUCACCAGAGGCUCAACAACUAAACAAAGACAUAUUUGAGACGAUAUACUAUCAUGCACUGAAGACUUCUUCUGAGUUAGCUGCUAAAGAAGGCCCUUAUGAAACCUAUGAUGGCAGUCCUGUAAGCAAGGGAGUUCUUCAGCCUGACAUGUGGGAUGUAACACCUUCAGAUAGGUGGGAUUGGAAAGCUGUAAGGGAAAUGGUAUUGAAGAAUGGAGUUAGAAAUUCACUUCUUGUGGCCCCAAUGCCUACAGCCUCAACCAGCCAGAUUCUUGGAAACAAUGAAUGCUUUGAGCCGUAUACUUCCAAUAUCUAUAGUCGCAGAGUUCUGAGUGGUGAAUUUGUUGUGGUGAACAAGCAUCUGCUUCAUGACCUGACUGAGAUGGGUCUGUGGUCCCCUGCAAUCAAGAACAAUAUAAUCUAUGAAGAUGGAUCUGUUCAGAACAUAGCAGAAAUCCCUGAUGAGCUCAAAGUCAUUUACAAAACUGUUUGGGAGAUCAAGCAAAGAACAUUGGUCGAUAUGGCAGUUGAUCGUGGAUGCUACAUUGAUCAGAGUCAAAGCCUAAAUAUACAUAUGGACCAACCCAAUUUUGGGAAACUUACUUCUUUGCACUUCUAUGCAUGGUCCAAGGGCCUGAAAACAGGAAUGUACUAUCUGAGGUCUCGCGCUGCAGCUGAUGCUAUCAAGUUCACUGUUGAUACCUCUGCCAUCAAAGAAAAGCCAAAGGUUGAGGAUAACGUCGAUGCCAAUAUGGCGCAGAUGGUUUGCUCUCUGACAAACCGUGAAGAAUGCAUGGCUUGUGGAAGUUGAAAGAGUGCAUGUGUGUAUGUAUAUAUGCAUUACUUUUGGUGGUUUCAUGCUUCAGACAUCAUAAGUUUGGCCUAACUUAGAGAUGUCUUUGUGGGAGAUCUUGUUUUGAAGGUUUUGGGAACAAGGGUUCCUAAAAUCUACCGAUCAAAUAUCCUCUCGUGUAUUUAAGUUUGAAUUACUAAAUCCUCUGUAUAGCUUUACUAGUAAGAAUCAGUUGUUAAAUAUGUGACGUGUUUGCUUUCAAGUUAAAUGGAUUAACGGGUAAAAUACUAGGGCUACCCUGCUCGCUUUGCUUC